AUGGGGUGCGUUCAUUCAGUACCAGAUCAAGUGGGUCAGACGUUUGAUCCGGUCAUAGUGAGCAAUGAUGCUGUCGAACGUAAAAUGAGUUUUCUCCUACGUGAAAAGCGCAACGAUGCCUUGCGCCGAGGUGACAUUUUUGGGGAAAGUGUUCAAUUUGAUACACCAUUAGAAUUGAAGAGUGUGGCAAAAUCUUCAGAAUCCACGACCUUAAUUCGACAGGCACUGCUUAACAAUUUUCUCUUUUACACUAUCGGUCAUAGUGACAUUGAUUCGAUUGUUAAAUUUAUGACGGAGAAGCAUGCCGUAGCUAACGAAGUUAUCAUAAAGGAAGAUGAUCACGGCGAUUUCUUUUACGUUGUCGAGACGGGUUUGUUUUCUAUAUCAGUUCAUGAUGUUAUUGUCAACUCAGUCCAGCGAGGAGCGACAUUUGGAGAAUUGGCUUUAGUAUACAAUUGUCCACGCACUGCCACAGUGACAUGCUCACAGCCUGGUCGUCUUUGGGCUCUUGACCGUAUCACAUUCCGCCGACUGGUAGCUCGUAUCAAGUCCGACCAAAUUGGCGAAUGCAAGAACGCUCUUCGCAACGUGGCGUUAUUGCAAGCAUUGACGGAGACCCAACUAAGCCAGCUCGCCGAAGCAGCUCAAUUCGUCAAGUUUGCGAAAGGUGAGCGGAUAAUAAAGAAAGGUGAACGAGGAAAUGUCUUGUACAUCAUCAAAAGUGGUGUUGUCAUUUGCACCGAUGUGGGAGACAAUCACCGCUUGGAGUCGUUGCGUCUUACCGAGAACGACUACUUUGGAGAGCGAGCGCUAAUGACACGUGAGCCUCGUGCUGCUAAUGUGACUGCAGAGACAAAUGUGACUUUGAUUGCACUUGAUCGGCAAGCUUUUGACGAUCAGCUAGGAAGUCUGCGUGAAGUGAUCGAUCAUAAUAUGAGCAUGCGUGUACUACAAGCCAUUCCAAUGCUUAAAGUUCUUUCUUCUACCGAAAAAGAAAAGCUUUUUGGAGCGUUAAAGCCAAUUUCGUUCGCUGACGGAGAGUUUGUGAUUCGAGAGGGCGACAACGGCACUGCCUUUUAUAUUAUAAAGAGUGGGUCUGCACUCGUUACGAAAUCAAUUACUAAGACCGAAGACAAUGGUGGUGUCGCUUCCGAAAAAAAGCAGAUUGCGACGCUAUCCACUGGUAAUUUUUUCGGGGAGAUGUCGCUGUUGCACGGAAAGCCAAGACAAGCUGACGUCAUCGCCAACGGUAGUUUGGAGUGUCUGUCGCUCGACCAAGGUCGAUUUGUAGAGCUUCUUGGCCCCAUUCAGGAUAUACUGAAUCGCGAAGCGCUUGAACGCAAGAAUGCAUUGAAAAUGCAGGAGCAGAUGCAGAUUAAGCUGGAUGAACUUCAGGUGCUGUGCACUUUGGGAUCGGGCACAUUUGGUCGCGUCAAAUUGGUGCAACACAAGUCUACAGGCACAACGUACGCACUUAAAGUUCUCAACAAGGCAUCUGUGGUGGCUUACAAGCAGCAGCGGAACGCGCUUAGUGAGAAGCUAGUGAUGGCUCAAUGCGAUCACCCGUUCCUUCUUAAGCUCUACACAACGUACAAGGAUGCGGCUCGAUUGUACUUGCUGAUUGAGUUUGUACAGGGUGGCGAACUGUUUACUUAUCUGCACUCGACUCCAUCAUCUUCAGGUCGGCUAUUGAACGACCAUGCUCGCUUUUAUGCAAGCCAUGUGCUGCUGGCGCUUGAAUAUCUUCAUGAACGCUGCAUUGUUUACCGCGAUUUAAAGCCAGAGAAUCUUCUGAUUGACCCAGAGGGGUACCUGAAAGUCGUUGACUUUGGCUUUGCCAAGGUGGUGGACGACAGAACAUAUACAUUAUGCGGUACAACCGAAUAUCUUGCACCGGAAUUGGUUUUAGGCAAAGGCCACAAUCGCGGAGUUGAUUACUGGGCUCUUGGAAUUCUGAUUUAUGAGAUGGUGGUCGGCUACUCGCCAUUUGCAGGGUCAAGCCAAAUUGAUCAGAUGCAAAUUUGCCGGAACGUUGUCAAGGAGAAAGUCGAAUUUCCAGCGUGGGUGACUCCGUCCUGCCGCGACAUCAUUUCGAAGCUGCUGGAGCGUGACCCCACCAAGCGACUUGGUAUGACUCACGGUGGGGCACGUGCAAUUCGUUCUCACUCAUGGUUUGCGAAGCUGGACUGGGUCGCCACGCUGAAGAAGACGAUUGAUGCUCCAUACAAACCAAAACUUAUGGAUGCUGCUGAUGCUUCCAAGUUUGGAAAAGUCAAUGAUCAAGAUGAGGAAGUUCCAGCUUACACACCAGACGAUAGCGAAUGGGAUAAAGACUUUUAA